AUGAAGACAGCGCAGACACUCCUGGUUGCUCUUUCUUUCAUUCAAACCUGCUCUUCAGCUCCUCUGAGCCGACCCUCCAACUGGCUCAGACAAUGCAGAGCAUCCACCAACCUCUCCAUCACAGCACUGGAAGUGCUGCCAGGUGGAGGCUGGGACAAUCUCCGGAACGUGGACGUGGGUCGAGUCAUGAACCUCAGCUACUUCCAGUGUCAAACCACUGAAGAUGGGCUCUACCUCAUUCCAGAUGAAGUGUUUGUCAUCCCUCAGAAGCAGACUGGAGUAGAGACCAACUCAGAGAUAAUCGACUCCUGGCUGGAGCAGAAAAGCACCACUUCUUACUCCAUAAAUGCAGAUAUUUCCUUCUACUCAGUGCUGAAUGCCAAAUUUUCUGCCGAGAACACGAGAAUGAAAUCUCAUCAGGUCAAAGACUCUUCAAAAACAGCAAGAGUGCAGGUCCGUAACUUCCUCUACACGGUUAAGGCCUACCCAGACUUCACACUGGAUUCACGAUUUGCACAACAAGCUAAAGAUAUUGCUGAUGCCAUUGAAAACAAUCAGACGAGGAACGCAGAGUAUCUCUCGGAGAAGAUGGUUCUGGAUUACGGAACUCAUGUCAUCACUAGUGUCGAUGCUGGGGCUUCUUUGGUGCAGGAAGACUACCUUAGUUCUUCAUAUGUGUCAGACAGUGCCUCAGACAGUUCAACCGUUAAGGCACAAGCUGGACUAAACUUUUUUGACAAAAUCAAAUUUGACAUAAGCAGUCAAAAUACUCAGCAGAGCUCAUCACUUCAGACAUAUCAGUCCAACAUUCAGUAUUCACUCAUUCAAAGUCAUGGAGGCUUACCUUUUUAUCCUGGCAUCACUUUACAGAAGUGGCAAGAAAGUACCAGAAAUAAUCUGGUUGCUAUCGACCGUUCAGGAUUUCCCCUCCACUACUUUAUAAACAAAAACACAAUCCCUGAUUUGCCAGAACCUACUGUAGGCAAAGUGUCUCUUAGUGUGAACAAGGCUAUAGAUAGGUACUACAAGAUCAACACUCGUCCUGGGUGUGUUGAUGUCAGUUCAAAGAAUUUCAACUUUCAGGCCAACGUUGAUGACAAUUCCUGUGAGGGACCAGCCACAAACCUUAGUUUUGGUGGCAUCUACCAAGAGUGUGUCAAGCUCACCGCAGAUGCAGAUCCACUUUGUGAUGCACUGGCCCAGAAAAAUCUAGACACCGGUGACUUCUCCUGUCGUGCACCUUACUCCCCAACUUUACUGAGGUCAGAAGUGAGACAGGAGAGUUACAGUACAUAUGACUGCCACACUGAAAAAUACUCAUGUGGCGUCUUCGGACUAUUCAGAUGUCACAGACAAAAUUGUCAAAACACAUAUCAUGUUCGCUCAGCUCGUAUCAACACCUUCUGGUGCUCCGUGAAUGGAAAAGCUCCUGAUAAUUCAGGCUAUCUGUUUGGAGGCAUCUACAGCCCCUCUCUCUUGAACCCCAUCACCAAAGCAAAAAGCUGUCCAUCAGACUUCAUUCCAGUGAAGUUCCUAUCAGAUGGUCAAAUGAUCUGUGUGAGUAAGGACUAUGAGGUUGGCAGCAGAAGCUCAGUACUGUUUGGAGGUCUUUUUAGCUGUGAGUCUGGCAACCCACUGGCUAAGAACCAAAAAAGAUGCCCUCCAAAGUUCAGUCAGCACCUUGCUACAGUUAGUGACGGCUGUGAAAUUCUUUACUGUGUUCAAUCUGGAUUGUUCACAGGGGGCGAGCUCCUUCCAAUCCACCUCCCUCCGUUUACUAAUUCCCCUCUUAUUAACAUGCAGGCCACUAACACAGUGAUGGUGCUGACUGAAGGAGAAAACAGCUGGGUCCGAAUGGGGCAGACUAAAGCAUGGAAACUUGCCAAACCAGAAGAAAUUAAGCAACUUGUUCUAAAUUUCAACCCAGAAUUGAAUCAAAUGUCAAGUGGGGAAAAAGCAGGUGUAGCAUUUGGUGUGAUUGGGUUGAUGGUACUGGUGGUCAUUUUAGCAGUGAUCCUGGUUAAAAGGAGGAGCUCCAGAUUUAGGCCAAGUGGCUAUGUGGAAAUACGUGAGGAUAGUGAGAGAGAAACCCAGCAAGAAGAAGCCUGA